GCUCCAGCAGCAGCAGCAGCUGAUCAUGCAACGCCAGAUGCAGGGUCUGCAAGUGACUGGCGGAGCUGCCUCCGCCGGCUCUGCUCCGGCUCCGGCUCCGGCUCCGGCUCCGGCGGAGCCGGCCCAGAGCUCGGUUCCGAACGCAACGCCACGGCAGCCUCUGCCAGAGGCACCGCCUUCGCAGCUGCCACAGCCACAGCCGCUGCCCCUCCCGACUCCAGCGGCGCCUGCAGCUCUUCAGGUGGAGGAACUGGUCGAGGCCCAAUGUGCUGGUUGGGGAGACGAGUGGUUCCCAGCGAAGGUGCGAGAGCUCCUGCCCAACAACGAGGUUCAGGUCCUCUGGGAAGGCGAAGAGCCUUCCAUCUCCAACGUUCCUCUGCGCAUGGUCCGCAGACGAGGCUCAGGCGAUGCAAUGAGCGCGGAGCGAGCCAGCGCGGCUGAGCCGCUGUCCCCGGCUCCGGCCGGAGGUCGAGGCUCCUGCAGCGCGGAAAAGGCCCGCCGCGGAGGCUGCAUCCAGGACGGCCUGAUGCCCAGCUCUCCACCGUUCUGUUCACAGGAGACCCUGCGUAGGCGAACGCUGCGAAACGCCUCCACAGCCAUGGGCGACGAUGCGGGCAAGAUCUUUGUGGGAGGCCUCCCCAAGAGCUGCUCACAGGAAGCCUUGCAAGCUUGGGCCAUGCAGCAUGGCGCAGUGACCAACGUCGAGGUGAAGGUCGACCCCAUGGGCGUCUCUAGAGGUUUUGGCUUUGUCACCUUUCAGGACCCAACCGUAGCUCAGAACAUUGUUGCCAACAAGGACAACAACUCGAUGGACGGCAAGUGGAUAGACUGCAAGCUGGCCAUGCCACCAGGCUCUGCACCAGCAGCCGGUGCCAAGGGCGCAGGUAAGGGUUCGAUUGACCCGAACAACCCGAAGAUCUUUGUCGGGGCAUUGCCGAAGAGCGCCACUGAUGACUCGGUGAUGGCUUACUUCGGCCAGUUCGGAGCAGUCAGAGAAGUCACCGUCAAGAUGGCAGAAGAUGGUCAGUGCAAGGGCUUUGCAUUCGUGACCUUUGAGGACGUAGCCUCCGCCAAGCUCGUCUUGGACAACUACAACUCCAACAUGUUCGAGGGCAAGUGGAUUGAUUGCAAGCCAAUCGUGUCCAUGCCGAAGGGCAAAGGCAAAGCCUUUGGCAAAGGCUUUGGUGGAUUUGGAGGCUUCGGCAACGGUGGUUUUGGCAAGGGCGGCUAUGGCAUGGGAGGUUUCGGUGGCUACGGAGGUGGUUAUGGCGGCGGCUACGGUGGUGCUUGUGGUGGCUAUGGCGGCGGUGGCAAGGGUGGUUACGGCGGUGGCGGCUGUGGAGCAUAUGGAGGAGGUGGCUUCGGUGGAAAAGGGGGAGGGGGAGGAUACGGUGCAGCUGCGAUCGGAUACGGUGGUGGCUACGGAAAAGGCUAUGCCAAAUCCGUCGAAGUGGAGGGUCCUCUGAUGGAGUUCAGCUUGCGUCCCGGCAUGGAGUUUUCAGAAGCUUUUGCCAACCUACGCAGGCGCUUGGAGCUAGAGUUGAAAGAGGGCCGGAAGGUGUCGGUACGGCUGCGAGUGUUGAGGCCCCCGCCGGAGCCCACAUCGCCACCGCCGAGCGAGGCGCCGCCCGGCGAGCCGCCGCCUGGCGAGCCACCGGGCGAGCCGCCCGGCGAGUCGCAGGUAGCGCCGGUGCCGCCGGGGCCACCCGAGACGCCGCAGACGCCGCAGACGCCGGUGAUGGAGGCCCUGCAGAGGCCUGUCCUGCCAAAGGACAAAGGUGCUGUGCCGCCGAGCUUCCCGAGCGGGCCCCGAUCAAUGCCGCAGAAGGGCUGGUGGAGGCCGGGCUACGGAGGCUACGGCAAGGGCAACGGCUUCCGAGCGGCACCCAGCUGGACCUGA